CGAUGACGUCAUGAGCAGUCCGGACCAACCAGUCUGUUGAAUCACCUCUGUGCGGUUUGGACUCUGCGGUUUUCUCUACUUUUCUACUUACCUGAUGAACUCGUGCUCACGGUUACCGAGAGAAAUGGUCAGCGUGACGAGUACUCUCUGACGGAGGCCAAACUCUGAGGUGGAGGAGGUUGUAAAGAGGCCCUGAAGGAGCCUCCCGCCCUCCCUACCUGACCAGACGGACGCAUCGAACAGCCAUGGCUCCUCGGAAACGUGGCGGCGGCGGCCGCAGUGGCCUCUCCUUCAUCUUCUGCUGUUUUAACAGCAGCGAUCACCCCGAGAUCACCUACAGGCUCAGGGAGGACUUCGCCCUGCAGGCCAUGGAGCCCUCACUGCCGAUGCCCGGAUAUGACGAGCUGGAUGGCAUGUUCUCCGAGUUGGUGGACGAGCUCGACCUUUCAGAGAAACACAGGGAAGCCAUGUUCGCUCUGCCUGCAGAGAAGAAAUGGCAAAUCUACUGCAGCAAAAAGAAGGAACAAGAAGAAAACAAAAGUGCAACUAGCUGGCCAGAAUACUACAUCGAUCAGCUUAACUCAAUGGCAGCUAGAACGACGCUCCUCGCUCUGGAGAAAGAAGACGAGGAAGAGAGGAACAAAACUAUCGAGAGCUUGAAAACGGCUCUGAGGACACAACCUAUGAGGUUCGUGACGCGUUUUAUUGACCUGGACGGUCUGACAUGUAUCCUAAACUUCCUGAAGAGCAUGGACUACGAGACCACAGAAUCGCAGAUCCACACGUCUCUGAUCGGCUGCAUCAAAGCGCUGAUGAACAACUCGCAGGGCCGCGCCCACGUCCUCUCUCACACCGAGAGCAUCAACAUCAUCGCUCAGAGCCUGGCCACAGAGAACAUCAAGACCAAGGUGGCGGUGCUGGAGAUAAUGGGCGCCGUGUGUCUGGUGCCCGGCGGACACAAAAAGAUCCUGGAGGCCAUGCUGCACUACCAACGCUUCGCCUGCGAGAGGACACGGUUUCAGACUCUUAUAAACGAUCUGGACCGGAGUACAGGGCGAUACAGAGAUGAGGUCAACCUGAAAACAGCCAUCAUGUCCUUUAUAAACGCUGUGCUGAGUCAGGGCGCUGGAGAGACAAGUGUGGAAUUCCGUAUCCACCUACGAUAUGAGUUUCUCAUGCUGGGAAUCCAACCUGUGAUCGAUAAGCUACGCUCUCAUGAAAACUCCACGCUAGACAGGCAUUUAGACUACUUUGAGAUGCUGCGGAACGAGGAUGAGCUGGCUCUGUCCAAACGUUAUGAGUCGGUACAUAUAGAUACCAAAAGUGCCACCCAAGUUUUUGAUCUCAUCCGCAAGAAGAUGAACCACACAGACGCACACCCGCACUUUAUGUCUGUCCUGCACCACUGUCUCCUCAUGCCACACAAGAGAAGCGGUAACACGGUGCAGUACUGGCUGCUCUUGGACCGUAUCGUCCAGCAGAUGGUCCUGCAGAACGACAAAGGUCACGACCCCGACGUCGCACCACUGGAGAAUUUCAACGUGAAGAACGUUGUUCGGAUGCUGGUUAAUGAAAAUGAGGUCAAACAGUGGAAAGAGCAGGCAGAGAAAAUGAGAAAAGAGCACCACGAGCUGCAGCAGAAGUUUGAUAAGAAGGAGCGAGAAUGUGACGCCAAGACUCAGGAGAAGGAGGACAUGAUGCAGACGCUCAACAAGAUGAAAGAGAAGCUGGAGAAGGAGAGCACGGAGCACAAGAACGUCAAGCAGCAAGUGUCCGAACUCACCGCCCGCCUGCACGAACUCAGCAUCAGACAGGCAGCUGUUGUUCCCGGAGGUCCGCGCUCCCACCCGGCCCCCCCCGGUGGUCCUAUGCCUCCUCCGCCGGUACCCUCUUUCGCAGGGCUGUGCCCACCUCCCCCGCCACCCCCUGGGGGCAUGAUGCCUCCUCCGCCUCCCCCACCCCCUCCUCCGGGUGGACCCCCGCCUCCUCCUGGACGUAUGCCCGUGGGAGGUAUCCCUCCCCCGCCGGGAGCACCCCUGGGACCCUCCCUAAAGCAGAAGAACAUUCCCCAGCCGGCCAACGCGCUCAAGUCCUUCAACUGGUCCAAGUUAGCUGAGAAUAAACUGGAGGGCACAGUGUGGAUGGAUGUGGACGAUGCCAAGGUGUUUAAAAUCCUGGAUCUGGACGACAUUGAGAAGACCUUCUCCGCCUAUCAGAGGCAGCAGGACUUCUUUUUGAUCAAUAACAGCAAACAGAAAGAGGCAGAAGACGACACGCUGAGCUCUAAAAAAGUCAAGGAGCUGUCAGUCAUUGAUGGCCGUCGUGCUCAAAACUGCAACAUCCUCCUCUCGAGGCUGAAGCUUUCAAACGAGGAGAUGAAGAGAGCCAUUCUCACCAUGGACGAACAGGAAGACCUUCCCAAAGACAUGCUGGAGCAGCUGCUGAAGUUUGUCCCAGAAAAAAGCGACGUGGACCUCCUGGAGGAGCACAAACACGAGCUCGACCGAAUGGCAAAACCCGACCGCUUCUUCUAUGAGAUGAGCAGAAUAAACCACUACCAGCAACGGCUGCAGUCUUUGUACUUCAAGAAGAAGUUUGCAGAGAGGAUAGCUGAGAUCAAACCCAAAGUUGAAGCUCUGAGCAGGGCGUCUAAGGAGAUUCUACACAGCAAGAACCUAAUGCAGCUGCUGGAGGUGGUGCUGGCCUUUGGAAACUACAUGAACAAAGGGCAGAGGGGGAACGCUUACGGCUUUAAGGUGUCUUCACUCAACAAGAUCGCUGAUACCAAGUCCAGUAUCGACAAAAACAUCACUCUCCUGCACUACCUGAUCACCAUCCUGGAGAAGAAGUACCCCAAAGUCCUGAUGUUCCAGGAGGACCUGAAGAGUCUCUCAGAGGCAGCCAAAGUCAACAUGACUGAGAUGGAAAAAGAUAUCGGCAACCUGCGCACCGGCUUGAAAAAUGUGGAGAGUGAACUGGAAUACCAGAAGAACCGACCGCAGGUACACGGCGACAAGUAUGUGUCGGUGGUGAGUCAGUUCAUCACGGUUGCCAGCUUCAGCUUUUCCGACGUGGAGGAUUCGCUCAUCGAGGCAAAGGAACUGUUCCUGAGGGCAGUAAAGCACUUUGGUGAGGACGCCAGUAAGAUGCAGCCAGAUGAGUUCUUCGGCAUCUUUGACCAGUUCCUGCAGUCGUUCGCUGAGGCGCAGCAGGAGAACGAGAACAUGCGGAAACGCAAAGAGGAGGAGGAGCGCAGAGCCAAAAUGGAAGCUCAGCUGAAAGAGCAGAGGGAGAAGGAGCGAAAGGCUCGGAAAGCGAAGGCGAACGGGGAGGACGAUGGCGGCGAGUUCGACGACUUGGUGUCGGCGCUGCGAUCAGGCGAGGUCUUCGACAAGGACCUCUCCAAGAUGAAGCGCAACCGCAAGCGUAUCAACAGCCAGAACACGGACGCAAGCAGAGAGCGACCGGUCACAAAGCUCAACUUCUGAGAUGGGCGUUUGUUUCGCUCACCCACCCCGGCUCAUCAUUAGUUUCCCUCUGGGUCAAACUGACAUGCACAUUCCUCCGCACCCUCCUCCCACCCAGCUCGCCCUUGCAUCACCGCUGCAGAGCCACACACAGCACAACACAUUCAGAACCUUUCAUUGUCCGAGGAGUUUGAUGUUGAACGGAGCAGAAGCCAAAAGUUGUUAAAACGACCAAAUCAGAUAAUCCCCGCCCCCCCCUGGAGGAUCGGUGUGGUCACAUGAAAUGUUUUUAAGACGAUUGUCGUGCAAGAGCAGGCUGUUGGAGAACGUUUCCCUCCGAGGUGUAAAAGAUGCUCAUGCUUGUUUGUUAGGAUCCUAUCUGUGCUGUUUUUGUACGUCAGAAUCUAUGCACAGAAUGAAAUGUGCAGCUAGUUCCUCCUUCAGGAAGAUGAUUCCAUUAAAGACGUAAGGGGCCAUUUUAUACGGACCGGUUUCAUAGAUUGAGAGGACCUGGGUUCACGGCGGGAGUCGUCCAAGAGAGCGUUUUCUGGAGAAAGACUGAGUCUGAACAGGCUGCUGUCCUGCAGUCAGAACCAUCACAGGGUUGUGAUGUGGUGUGCAAGAGACGCAGCUCGGAAGUUUAUUUUCUACUCAUCAUUAUUGACGUGCAGCAUUUAUAUAUCCGAUCACUGUAUGUUUUAUUUUUCCUGUUAAGAGCUGGCCUUAACUCUGUUGUUUUAAUUGUUGAGUGGGUACUCUCUAAGGCCUGGGCCUAAUCUGCAAUUUCUCAACAUGUAUGGACACUCAUGUCAUAGAUUACAUAUAUCUAUAAGGUUGCGUGCUUGUUACACAUGCACAUAUACAUUCAUAAUUACUAUGCUAAAUGCCAUUUAAAAAUAACAAGUGGAUGCAAUACUAUUGUCCUUCCCCUCUGAAGGGAGUGCCCUCCUUCAUGUUUUAUUGCAUAGAUGACAUAUGUUUCCUGUACACUGGCUGGAUUCACACUGCAAAAAAAAAAAAAAGGGAAAUCUCCGACUUGAAUCUCUGUGUGUUGCACAUGUGAUGUUUUCAUUCUCGUACAAAACAUCCCAUGUGGACGUAAAACGUAAGUUACAGCUGUAACUAUGGUUCUAUGAAUCCCGGAUGACCGCCAGAGGCGGUGCUUUAAGCACUGGAUAUGUCCAUCCUGCGCAUGCUCAAAAUGGACAUAUCCAGUGCUUAAAGCAGCGCCAAUGGCGGUCAGUAGGGAUGAAAUAGAACCUUAGAUUUUAAUUUGUUCCCUUGGCUGUGUGAAUCUAACCAAUGUCAAACACCUCCAUUUUAUAAUUUAAAUAUUUCCUUUCAUUGUAAAAUGACCUGAUGAUAAUAAAUGGGAGAAAACAUG